UGCAGUCGCUCUAUUCUUCAUUCUCCCUCUCGUUGACUCACUGAUGCUCAAUGAUGGCGGAUAGCGCAAGCGAGAGCGAUACGGACGGAGCCACCCCUCAGUGCUCAACAUCCACCUCAAUUCUCAUCUCUUCCUUCCGCCUGGAGGAGCUGACGAACCGCCUAGCCUCCUUACAGCAGGAGAACAAAGUCUUAAAGAUCGAGCUCGAGACAUUUAAACUGAAGUGUAAAGCACUGCAGGAGGAGAACCGAGACCUGCGCAGAGCCAGUGUCACUAUACAAGCGAGAGCAGAACAAGAAGAGGAGUUCAUCAGUAACACAUUAUUCAAGAAGAUUCAAGCCCUGCAGAAAGAGAAAGAAACGUUAGCAGUUAACUAUGAGAAGGAGGAAGAAUUUCUUACCAAUGAACUCUCACGAAAACUUAUGCAGCUACAACACGAGAAAGCCGAGCUGGAGCAGCACUUGGAACAAGAGCAAGAGUUUCAGGUGAACAAACUGAUGAAGAAGAUCAAGAAACUGGAGAACGACACCAUCACCAAACAGCUGACUCUAGAACAGCUCAGACAUGAGAAGAUCGACCUGGAAAACACUUUAGAGCAGGAACAAGAGGCUCUGGUGAACCGACUGUGGAAGCGCAUGGACAAAUUGGAGGCAGAGAAAAGGACUCUUCAAGAGAAGCUCGACCAACCUGUCUCAGCCCCGCCGUCUCCCAGGGACAUCUCGAUGGAGAUCGACUCGCCUGAGAACAUGAUGAGACACAUAAGGUGCCUCAAGAGUGAGGUGGAGCGUCUGAAGAAGAGCCUGCGCUCGGCAGAACUUCAACACACAGAGAACAGGGCUCAGUACAUAGAAGAAGAGCGGCACAUGCGAGAGGAGAACAUCCGUCUGCAGAGGAAACUCCAGCGAGAGGUGGAGCGCAGAGAAGCUUUGUGUCGACAGCUUUCAGAGAGUGAAUCCAGCUUGGAGAUGGACGAUGAGAGGUACUUUAAUGAGAUGUCUGCCCAGGGUCUGCGUCCUCGUACCGUAUCCAGCCCCAUUCCAUACAGCCCAUCCCCGAGCUCCAGCAGACCCAUCUCACCAGGGUUGUCAUAUGCAGGUCACACAAUGGGCUUCACCCCUCCAUCGACGUUGACUCGAGCAGGAAUGUCUUAUUACAACACACCCGGCCUGCACAUCCACGUGGGAGCUUCGCACGGCAUCACAAGACCUUCACCAAGAAGAAGCAACAGUCCGGACAAAUUCAAGCGCCCCACACCCCCACCUUCCCCCAACACGCAGGCUGGUGUGCAGCCGCCGCCUCCCCCACCACCACCGGUGCAUCCAGCAUCAUCGCAGGCAGCUGCGCAGUCCUCGCAGCCGUAGAGUUAAAAACUCACACCUGAGAGAUCAUAAAGUUUUGUGUCAUCUUCAUAUAGUUUUGUGUUUGGAUGCAUUGAUUGGCCUCCAUUUGAUGUGAUGCAACUCUGAGGAACUGAACAUCUUCAGUAUAUCAUUUCUGAAUUUAGCAAGUGCUUUUCAAUUGCAUGGACAUCUGUUUGUGUCAAGUGUAAAAUCUAUAGUGAAUGCUUGGUCAUAAACGGACAAAAGAUGCAAUGACGGACCACAGUGCCACAUAGGACUGGUGUGACAUUACAAAAAAGCCACAGAUAAGCUUCAGUUCAGAGCAGCUCAUAGAUAAAGAGAAACUUUUCAGUGCCACAAGGUUUAAAAGAGAAACCUUUUUCAAUCGGACAGCCUUAUUAUACUGCAAUAUACAUGAUUAUAGUUACAUGUCUGAAUCAUAAACAGCUAUUCAGAGAGAUAGAUGGCAACUGCAAUGCUUAAAGGAUUAGUCCGUUUUCUUAAAAAAAUCCAGAUAAUUUACUCACCACCAUGUCA